AUGUACACCCGAAAGCAACCUCCAGUGUUUACGCGACAGCGGCCUCCAGUGUAUCCCCGACAACGGUUAAUUGUACACCCGACAGCGGCCUCCAGUGUACACCCGACGGCGACCUCAAGUGUACACCCGACAGUGGCCUCCAGUGAAUACUUGACAGCAGCCUCCAGUGUAAACUCGACAGCGGCAUCGAGUGUACACUACACAGCGUCCUCCAGUGUAUACUCGACAGCAGCCUCCAGUAUAUACUCAAAAGCGGCCACCAGUGUUUACUCGACAGCGGCCUCCAGGGUACACCCGAAGGCGACCUCCAGUGUACACUCGAAAGCGGCCUCCAGUGUACGCCCAACAGUGGCAUCUAGUGUACACCCGAUAUCGUUUUCCAGUCUACGCUCGACAGCGUCCUCCAGUGUACGCCUGACAGCGGCCUCCAGUGUACACUCGACAGAGGCCUCCAGUGUACGCCUGACAGCGCCCUCCAGUGUACACUCGACAGAGGCCUCCAGUGUACAAUCGACAGAGGCCUCCAGUGUACGCCUGACAGUGGCAUCUAGUGUACACCCGAUAUCGUUUUCCAGUCUACACUCGACAGCGUCCUCCAGUGUACGCCUGAGAGCGGCCUCCAGUGUACACUCGACAGAGGCCUCCAGUGUACGCCUGACAGCGGCCUCCAGUGUACACUCGACAGAGGCCUCCAGUGUACGCCUGACAGCGGCCUCAAGUGUACACUCGACAGAGGCCUCCAGUGUACACUCGGCAGAGGCCUCCAGUGUACGCCUGACAGCGGCCUCCAGUGUGCACUCGACAGAGGCCUCCAGUGUACACUCGACAGAGGCCUCCAGUUCUACACUCGACAGCGUCCUCCAGUGUACGCCUGACAGCGGCCUCCAGUGUACACUCGACAGAGGCCUCCAGUGUACACCUGACAGCGGCCUCCAGUGUACACUCGACAGAGGCCUCCAGUGUACGCCUGACAGCGGCCCUCAGUGUACACUCGACAGCGGCCUCCAGUGUACACUCGAAAUCAGCAUCCAGUGUACGCCCGACAGCGCCUCCAGUGUACACCCAACAACGGACUCCAGUGUAUACUCGACAGCGGCCUCCAUUGUACGAACGACCGCGGCCUCGAGUAUACACCCGACAGCGGCCUCCGGUUUAUACUCGAAAGUGUCCUGCAGUGUACACUCGACAGCGGCCUCCAGUGUAUACUCGACAGUGGCCUCUCAUGUACGCCCAACAGCGGCAUCCAGUGUACACUCGACAGCAGCCUCAAGUGUAUGCCCGACAACGGUAUCCAUUGUACAACCGACAGCGGCCCCCAGUGUACACCCGACAGCGACCUCAAGCGUACACCCGACAGUGGCCUCCAGUCGGCCUCCAUUGUACGACCUACAGCGGCCUCGAGUAUACACCCGGCAGCGGCAUCCAGGUAAACCCGACAACGGCCUCCAGUGUACACCCGAAAGCAUCAUCCAGUGUACACCCGACAGCGGCCUCCAGUGUACACCCGAAAGCAUCAUCCAGUGUACACCCGACAGCGGCAUCCAGUGUACACCCGAAAGCAUCAUCCAGUGUACACCCGAAAACAUCAUCCAGUGUACACCCGACAGCGGCAUCCAGUGUACACCGAAAAACAUCAUCCAGUGUUCACCCGACAGCGGCAUCCAGUGUACACCCAAAAGCAUCAUCCAGUGUACACCCGACAGCGGCUUCCAGUGUACACCCGACAAUAGCCUCCAGUGUACCCCCGACAAUGGCCUCCAGUGUACACCCGACAAUGGCUUCCAGUGUACACCCGACAGUGGCCUCCGGUGUAUACCCGAGAGCGGCUUCCAGUGUAUACCCGACAGCAGCCUCCAGUGUUCUCUCGACAGCGGCCUCCAGUGUACACUCGACAGCGGCCACCAGUGUACACCCAACAACGCCCUCCAGUGUAUAAUCGACUAG